ACUUUGUCACAAUGUGGGUGUAACUUAAAAGAGAAGUCACUCUGCUUUCUCAACUCUUUUAAAAAGACCUUGGUUUACGGCAGCGAUACGUCUUAAGUGACUUAUUUGCACAAUGGACAAAGACGCUGUGUUGACUCACGUCCAGAGGCCGAGGGGCACCGCGCCGACACUUCUGGGAGGAGAGCUGCCUCUCAGUGUGAUAAACAGCAGCAGGUACAUUCACCAGACAGGUCCUGCAGCUCAGCCACAGACAGAAGGAAAUGAAGGCGACGAGUCGACGUCCACCUUGGAUCGUGCCAUCCACACUGUUCUGUCUGGUGAAGUCAGAAAUGUGAUCCUGGUGGGUCGAGAAGGCACCGGCAAGACCACGACACUGGAGAAGCUUGUGCUAGACUGGGCGAAAGAAGAAGAAGACCUUCAACACUUCUCUUGUGUUUUUUACUUUCGCCUGGAGGAGAUAAAUUCUCUCAAAGACCCACUGUCCUUGGAGAAUUUGAUAACGCAACACCAUCUCAGUCCUUUUCCUCCACAGUCCAUGCACCUGUUUCUGCAGAAGCCAGAAGAUGUGCUGUUUGUUUUUGAUGAUCUGGAUCGAUGCGGUCUUUCCCUGGACCCCUCGGCCCACAUCCUCUGCUCUGACCCCGGCCAGGCGGUGUCAGUGUCCUGCUUGAUAUCCAGUCUGCUUCAUGGAUCAUUGCUAAAAGGAGCCGCCUUCGUGGUGACAACCAGGCCGUCGGAACAUCUGAAGUUUCUGAGUGGCACCAGGAUGGAGGUUCAGGGUUUUCUGAAGCCCCAAAGAGAGGCUUACUUUAAUGCUUUCUUCACUGACCCAUCUGUUGCUCAUAAGGCGCAUGUGCACAUGGAAAAGACUCUGGGUUUUUAUGAUUUUUGCAGCUCACCUAGAUUCUGUUGGACAGUUUGCUCUGUUUACAGAACUCUCAUGGAUGCUGGAGCAACACUUCCAGAAACAUUAUCUGAGCUCUUUGUACAUAUCCUGGUUCACCAGCUGAAGGUGGUCUCACUGAACGAGGCCUACAACAGAGAACUAGUGCUGGCCCUCGGCAGGAUGGCCUCUCAUUGUUCUCUUGACCAACAUUCAAGCUGCACCAAAGAGGAACUCGGUCACUUUGGUUUUCAACCAUUUCUCAGCUCAGCAGGUGCAUUCUUGCAAGUAGACGGCGACCUGGAUUCAGAUACGUGUGUUUUCUCCUUCACUUCCCAGCUGAUGCUGGAGUUCCUCCUGGCUGUGUCUCUCUUUUUGGGCAAGUCGCCAUCUGAGGGUGUGGCUGAGGUGCUGGAAAAGCACAGAGUUCACGCAAAGUUUCUGGAUCUCUUUUUGUCCACACUCUCCGAGCCAAUUCAGCGCAAACCGCUCGAGACCCUGCUGGGGGCGCUAGACCGGGAUCACGUCGUGGAUUUCAAACGUUGGUUUAAAAGCAGCUCAGUGGAAACACUCAAGGGGUAUCGCAAAGAAGAGCACUACCGUUGCUUCCAUCUUCUUCAUCAAGCUCAGAGUGAGAGUUUGGUGAAGGAGAUCAUCACCCCGUCAGCACGCAUAGGCAUCAGCUACGGCGACCUGAGCCUUCAGGACUGCGUGGCUCUGGACUUUGUCUUCACGUGCCUCGGGGAGAUGGAGUUGUUGAAUCUGUACAGGAUGAGGAACAUGACAGAGGAGAAAGCAGAAGUCCUGGCUUCAGUUAUGAAAGCAUCACACAAGAUACUCUUAUCAGACAGCUCCUUGAGCGCUGAAGCUGUCGUUCACCUGGCUUCAGCCCUCAGCGGAGGAAUCACAGAAGAGCUGGAUCUCUCUAACUCGCAGCUCGGAGAUGAAAAGCUCAAGGUUCUCUGCAACGGACUCAGAGACUGCAAACUGCUCAAUAUAAGUCUUCGAUCAUGCGGACUGACAGCGGCGAGCUGUGAAGACCUGGUGUCUGCGCUGACCUCAGGCAACUCUCGGCUGUGUGUGUUAGAAAUCCACGCCAAUCACAUCGGAGACCAGGGCUUGAUGACGCUGUGCAAAGCACUGCGUAGUCCUCAAUGCAAACUACAGGAGCUCCAGCUUCAAGGCAGUGACUUGACUGCACUGUCCAUGGACGCUUUAUCCGCAGCUCUGUGUUCUGGAAACUCAGAGCUGAGAAAAGUGAACGUGACAGGGAACGUGAUUGGUGACAGUGGAGUGGAGGCUUUGUGCGACGCCCUGAAACACCCUCUGUGUAAACUCCAGAGCCUCAAUCUCUAUGACAAUGAGCUGACAGGCAAGUGCUGCCCUGGUUUGAUGGAGACCCUGGUGUCGGAGCACUGCUCUCUGUCAGAGCUGGACCUCUCAGUGAACGAUUUGGGCCAGGAGGGGGCGCUGCUGCUCUGCCAAGCCCUCAGUCGUCCUGGAUGCCCGGUGGAAAAACUAGGGUUGACACGAUGCCAGUUGACCCACCCUGUCUUUGUGCAGCUGGGCACUUUGCUGAGAAGUGGCACGUCUCGAAUCAAGUCCUUGCUUGUAGGAUUGAACAAAGUCGGAGAUCGAGGGGUCAAACACAUUUUGGAUGCUGUUAAAGAUCCAAAGUGUCUGCUGGAGGACCUAGACGUUGAAAUGACCGACCUGACAGACGCCUGCGUCGAGGACCUGUGUGCCGCCAUACGAGCCAGUAAGACCCUGAAGAACCUGGAACUGAGAAACAACUCCCUGACCGACGCUUCAGUCCCGGCCCUGGUCCGAGUCAUGGAGGACAGCGACAGCAUGCUGGAGAUGAACCUCCGCUACAAUGAAUUCUCAGAGGAGGUUUUCGAAAUACUGGACGAGUGCGAUAAAAUAAUAUACUGAUGAAAUCUCAUCUCACAGUGAUGCUGGAUCUGCACAGGGAACAGCUGAGGUACUGGGGGAGACAGUUUGUGAUGUGUUCGGGACAUUGUGAUUUAUGUUCUAAUAUUUCAUCACUCAAAUGAUUAAAUAAUCACCACAUUGUACAAUAAUGAGUAAUUAGUUGAAGUUCAUGGUCUAUAAACAUAAGUGGUAGUUUGUCUUUUCCAGACUCAAUGAAUUUGCUUGUUUAUUAAAGAUCACAUCUCUAAUCCUUCCCUUACAAGCAUGUAGGGGAAUCUGUGGUAGCUUUUAGUUAUUAUUCAAAGUUUAAGGGUGUUUAGUUUGUCCUUUAAAAACAAGGUGGUCCAACAUGGCCGCCUUUGUAGAGGAGAACCACUGCAAUCCAUAAAUGCAGAGCACUCAAACAUCUGUUGACAGUUUUAUGUUCCAUUUCUGCCCAAUCAAAACAAAUUAAACCCAAGUCUUACACA